AUGUCGAGCCAGACGGGCAAAUGGCGUGAGGAGCAGGUCCUCAUCAUCUGCCCCGGCAGCCAGACCACGCUCGCCCAGGUGGGCUGCAAUGAGCUCACCCCGCCUGCGCGCCGAUUUCCCACGCGCAUGUUCAAGGACCAGGACUCGGACGAAUGGCGUCCAUACUACACGUACAAGCGCAAGAAGGAAGGCGCCAGCGGCGCGGACGGUGACGACGAGUGGGAGUAUGUUGAGGAUACCGACUCCGCCGAGGGCGCCGUGUAUCCGAUACAGGCUGGCCGCAUCGCCAACAUGGAGGCCUUCCUCGCCUUCCUCGAGCACGUCCACUCGCAGCUGACCACCACGUACCACAACACGCCCAUCAUGCUGGUGGCCUCCCCGCAGUGGACCCGCCCGGACUGCGAGGCCAUCGCGCGCUACGUCUUCGAGAAGACCAAGACGCCGGCCCUGUGCCUCAUACACAGCGGCAUUGCCACGCAAUACGGCCUCAAGUGGCCCAACAUGACCGUCGUUGACGUCGGGUUCGAGAAGGUCGAUGUCACCUGCAUAUACGACGGUAAGGUGGUCUCGUACAAGGAUGUUGGGCCCGCGGCGGAAGAAGAGAUCAGCGGUGGGGAGGUAUUCACGCGGAGGCUGGCCAAGUUGAUGGAGCGGCAAGGGUUUGAUUAUGAGAUGGCGGAGCAGCUCAAGAAGAGUCCGAUUUGUGAGGUGCUGCCGUAUGCGCCGGACAGGCCGGAGCUGGCCGAGUUCCCUGCCGAGACAGGCGCAGCGGCCCCGGUGGCGACGUCCAUAGCGGACGGGCCGAAGAUUGUUGAGCCGGCAAAAAGUCUCGCUCCGGUUGUUGUUGACGACGAUGUCGCUGGCGUGGGCGACACCGGAGAGAUAGAGGAAGAUGGCGUGCUGGACGUCGCGAACAUUGUCGCCAGCGGGCAGACCAGGGAAUUCCUUGCCAAGAAGGAGAAGGAGAAGGCUGCCAAGGCCGGGCGGAAAGGAAAGGACAAGGAAGGCGGCGACGCAGGGAGGCCGGUCAGAUUACCUAACUCAAAGCGGGUCAAGAACGUGUUCCACUACGAGGAGCUGGUGACGGAGGACGUUCCGGUCGCGGCACCGGCGAAGGAGGAUGGUGGCAGAGACGUCGGCAUGGCCAAUUCGGCACCAACAGAAGGGUCGGCGCCCGCCAGCGACGAUGCGCCCAAGACAGAGCAGCAACCACAGCCCUCCAGCGAACCACAGCCCUCCAGCGAGGCGCAGCCAGCAACAACAGAGCGGAUAGCCCGGCGCGUACGGCGCGACAUCGAGGUCGGCCUCGAGCGCUUCCGGUUUGCGGACCGCAAAGCCAUCGAUCGGAUCGUGACGGCCAUCUACCGCGCCAUCCAGGAGAUCGAAGACAUGUACAUGCGGCCCGGCUGCUGGGAGAACAUCGUCUUCGUUGGCAACGGCGCACGUGUCCGCGGCCUCCGCGACAACAUCAUGCAAACCCUGCAGGCGCGCCAUCUCGUCUCGCCCAGCUCGGCCACCAUGUUCACCUCGGAGCUGCCGUCUAACAUGGGCACGCCCUCGGGAACAGGGUCGCAGACGCCCACAUCUUCGUAUGCCGGCAUCCCCGGCCAGCUGGCGCUCCCGACCGCCACCAGCAGCGGCGUCAACCCCCUACUGCAAGCGGCUACCACAGCAAGCAGCCUGGGCGUGCCGGGCAACGUCAACGCUGCCACUGCCAACAACCUCAAUGCUGGCGAUGCAGGCGCAGCGGGGAUCACGAGCCACCACUUCCACAGCCAGACGCCAACCAACAUCCGGCUGGCGCAGUUGCCGGGCUAUCUGAGCGAAUGGUCCAAGCACGGGUUCGAGGAGGCCAUGUUCCUGGGCGCGCAGGUCGCGGCGCGCAUUGCGUUUUGUAUGCACAACCUGGAUGCGCAGGGCUUGCAGGCGCAGCAGCUGAUGAGUUUGAGUCGGGUGGACUAUAAGUAA